CUUUGUUCGAUGCUCGGUCCAGCAAAGCAUCGUAAAGGUGCCUCCUUUACGCCUCUCUCUGAGUCUCUUGGCCUCUUGGCAAUCCAAUCCCUUGAGGGAAAUGGCGAUGCAAACUGGGAUCUCGUCAUCCAAAGUUCUCAUCCUCGUUGGUGCAGGAUUGACUAGCUCCAUUAUCUUGCGAAAUGGUCGGUUGUCUGAGGUGUUAUCAGAGAUACAGGAUUUGAUUAAGGGUAUAAAUGAAGUUGAAAUCUCACCAGGCCGCUAUGAUGCAACUGUUCUGGCAGCUCAGAUCCGACAAUUAGCUCAGGAAGUGAGGGAUUUGACAUUGUCCAGACCAGUGACCAUUCUCAAUGGUGAAUCUAGUUCUGGGGGUUUAUCAUCUUACAUAAUGCCAGCAGCAGCAGUUGGAGCAAUGGGAUAUUGCUAUAUGUGGUGGAAGGGAUGGUCUUUCUCGGAUGUUAUGUUUGUCACCAAACGCAAUAUGGCCAAUGCUGUUUCCAAUGUGUCAAAGCAACUAGAGCAAGUAUCUGCUGCUUUAGCUUCAACAAAAAGACAUCUAAGCCACCGGCUUGAAAAGUUAGACUGGAAACUAGAUGAGCAGAAGGAGACAUCAAAACUUAUCAUGAAUGAGGUGGAUGGAGUGAAAACUGAUCUAUCACAAAUUGGAUUUGAUAUUGAAUCAAUUCAAAAGAUGGUGUUAGGACUGGAAGGAAAAAUCGGAGUCCUUGAACACAAACAGGAUAUGACAAAUGCAGGUGUAUGGUAUUUGUGUCAAGUUGCCGGAAGCAUCAAAGACGGUCUUACUGCUAAUUUCUUUCAGGAGGCUGAGGCAAAGCUUCCACCUGCUCAAUCAUCUCUGACUUUCUCCGAAGACAAAUCCCCGAUGGGUCUUCAAUGCUUAACGGAAUCGCUCAAACCUUCUGAUGCCGAUGACUCGAAGCCAAACAUAUCAUUGCAAAAUGAAAAUAAUGAAAAACCUGUGAAAAGCACAGCACUACACCGGUUCUAUCCCGGUGCCAUUAAUCUCAGAAAAGACGGCUUUGUUAUAUGAUUCAGCAGACUAAUAGCUACCAUUCUGUUGUUGAUCAUGCAUUUGUUUUGCUCAUUAAUAUACAAAGUUCACAGUAAGAUUGUUCAACUGACAAUACAACAUUAAACGAUACAAUAUCCUUUGAAACAAGCGAAAAUUCGCUCAUUUUGGUGACUAAGAGUUUGUUGUGUAGUUGUUGUAAAAUUGUGAUAUAUCAAUGUGUAUCAUAUUUGUUGGAUUA